UAGCUCAUCUCGGCGGCGGCGGAGGAGGCAGAGCAGCGACAGCCGCCUGGUUCUCCGCGCCUCGUUGCUUCGCAGCGCCCCUCGGCUGAGUGCCGGCGGCUGGCUGGCGGGAGGGCAGGCGGGCGCGGAGCUCUUCGGAUUUGCCCUCCCCCAUCCGCCACCCUCUUGUGUUUCCCCCGCCGGCUCUAUGGCUCUGUGCAAUGGAGACGCCAAGUUGGAGAAUACUGGAGGAGAACUCAAAGAUGGUCUCUGCCGUUACGAGGGAGCUGUAGUCAUACUUGAUGCUGGAGCUCAGUAUGGGAAAGUGAUAGAUCGCAGAGUCAGAGAACUGUUCGUCCAAUCAGAGAUCUUCCCUUUGGAAACGCCAGCCUUUGCCAUCAAAGAACAGGGAUUUCGGGCUAUCAUCAUAUCUGGAGGACCAAAUUCUGUUUAUGCAGAAGAUGCGCCCUGGUUCGACCCAGCAAUAUUUACAAUAGGCAAACCUGUUCUUGGAAUAUGCUAUGGCAUGCAGAUGAUGAACAAAGUGUUUGGAGGUACAGUUCACAAAAAAGAUGUUCGAGAAGAUGGAGUCUUUAGCAUUACUCUGGAUAACACCUGUUCACUGUUCAGGGGGUUACAGAAGGAAGAGGUUGUGCUCCUCACCCAUGGAGAUAGUGUAGAUAAGGUAGCUGACGGAUUCAAAGUUGUUGCACAGUCUGGAAACGUUAUAGCAGCUAUAGCAAAUGAAUCAAAAAAACUGUAUGGAGCACAAUUCCAUCCUGAAGUUAGCCUUACAGUAAAUGGAAAAGCAAUGCUGAAAAAUUUCCUUUAUGAAAUUGCUGGGUGCAGUGGUACCUUCACAGUUCAGAACAGAGAACUGGAGUGCAUUCAAGAUAUCAAAGACAAAGUGGGUUCAUCAAAGGUCCUGGUUUUACUCAGUGGAGGUGUGGACUCAACGGUAUGUACUGCUUUACUGAAUCGUGCUUUGAACCAAGACCAAGUGAUAGCAGUACACAUAGAUAAUGGAUUUAUGCGCAAGAGAGAGAGUCAGUCUGUGGAGGAAGCACUCAAGAAGUUAGGAAUUCAAGUCAAAGUGGUAAAUGCAGCUCAUUCAUUCUACAAUGGUACGACAACUCUGCCUAUCUCUGAGGAAGACAGAACUCCACGAAAAAGAAUUAGUAAAACAUUGAAUAUGACUACUAGUCCUGAGGAAAAACGAAAAAUUAUUGGUGACACCUUUGUGAAGAUUGCAAAUGAAGUUAUUGGAGAAAUGAACCUAAAACCUGAAGAAGUCUUCCUUGCUCAGGGAACCUUGAGGCCUGAUCUUAUAGAAAGUGCUUCUGUUGUUGCUAGCGGCAAAGCUGAGGUCAUCAAGACUCAUCACAAUGACACGGAACUUAUCAGAAAGCUGAGGGAAGAGGGCAAAGUAAUAGAACCACUGAAGGAUUUCCACAAAGAUGAAGUGAGGGUGCUUGGAAGAGAACUAGGUCUGCCUGAAGAGCUGGUCUCAAGACAUCCAUUCCCAGGUCCUGGCCUUGCAAUUCGGGUAAUAUGUGCCGAAGAACCAUACGUUUGCAAAGACUUUCCUGAAACCAACAACAUUUUGAAAAUCAUAGCAGAUUUUUCAGCUAGCGUUAAAAAGCCACAUACUCUGUUGCAGAGAGUCAAAACUUGUACAACUGAUGAGGACCAGGAGAAACUGAUGCAAAUCACAAGUCUACAUUCAUUGAAUGCCUUUUUGCUGCCAAUCAAAACUGUGGGAGUCCAGGGCGAUUGCCGGUCCUACAGCUAUGUAUGCGGUAUAUCCAGUAAAGAUGCUCCACACUGGGAGUCUCUUAUGUUCCUCGCCAGACUCAUACCACGCAUGUGUCACAACAUAAACCGAGUGGUCUAUGUCUUUGGCCCACCAGUCAAAGAACCUCCCACAGAUGUUACUCCCACUUUCCUGACGACAGGAGUCCUUAGCACAUUGCGGCAAGCUGAUUUUGAGGCUCAUAAUAUUCUCAGGGAAUCUGGUUAUGCUGGAAAAAUCAGCCAGAUGCCAAUCAUUUUAACACCGUUGCAUUUUGAUCGAGAUCCUCUACAGAAGCAGCCUUCCUGUCAAAGAUCAGUGGUUAUUCGAACCUUUAUUACUAGUGACUUCAUGACUGGUAUUGCAGCAACUCCUGGAAAUGAGAUACCAGAGGAGGUUGUGCUGAAGAUGGUGACAGAGAUUAAGAAGAUUCCUGGCAUCUCCCGGGUGAUGUAUGACUUGACUUCAAAACCACCAGGAACAACUGAGUGGGAGUAAUUAUUUUCCCCCUCAAUGAAAGUACUGUAUGCAGUUUUAAAUUAUAUCAGAAAACCAUUCCCAGUGUUGACAUGCAGUACUGUGAAAAGAGUGACUGGAGCUGCUGCUACAUCACAUGUGAUUUUUCUUUCUUCUCUCCUGGAAAAUAAUCUGCAAAUUACGAGUGGUGAUGUGGGGUGGGGUAGGGGAAUAAGGUAAGUGGGGCUGAGGAUAUGUACGGGUAAAUAAUUAGGGCAGUGUUGCCAAUGUGCAGAUAAGACUUUAUGUUGCUUUGCCUUUUUUUGGUCUUAUUGACUCUUCCCAUUUCAUUUUUUUGUUCCCUAUGUGUUUUUACUGUUACUGUCAUUUCAAUGUCUCUUUUUAAUUUUUUUUUGUAUACUGUGUAAAAAGAGACAGUUUAUUUACAUUUACCAAAACCAUUGUUAGAGCUUAUUAAUAAUGUAAAAUGGAAAAAAAAGUGACCAACUGCUUUUGAAACAGAUUUAUUAUAAAUAAAUAUUUUGCCAAAUGGAGUAGUGGCUAUUGUUGAGUUGUGGAAUUAAUGUGUAUUUGUUCACUGUGUGUUGUAAAUCCUGUUCCAUAUCAUUUGGAGUAUUAAGCCCAUGGCAAUAAGUGUGGAAAUUCAAAACAGCUCAAAUAACAGCUGCGUUUUUUCCCUUUUCUUUUGCCCUCGUUUGCCUCUUCCAUAACAUUUUUUUUAAAAAAAACAGUAGGUUUUGUUAAGAAUGUAAAAGCAUGCGGUUUCCCACCAUUGCGUGACAUCUAUAUUUAAUGUACUUUAAAGAGAGACAGACAUGAAUUAUGUAUACACUUGAAAAACCAUCUUGUUGUUCAGACAAAAUCUGAGUGUCUAGAAAUUUGCUUUGCAGCUCUCAAAAUCUUUAUGACUUUAUUCCAAUUUUUUAAAAUUCUUACCAAUCGUUUCUGCUUUUUCCUAUCAUCUCUGUUAGUCUGUUUUAUAAAGGCAAGGGAGGUGUUGCUUUUAUAAAAACCUUCAUGAGAUGUAUUAAAAUAUUUAUGCCGAUUGGCUAUGCUGAACCUGAAAGCCAAUUUGAAUAUAAAUUAGUUUUAUUAUCACUGCUAACUACUUAAGGGGUAACUAACAAAUAGCCUGCACUUACAUAGAGCUGCUUACUGUCAGUGUAGAGGGAUAGGAGAAAAGCACUUUUUUAUUCCUAGAAGUUAACCCCACUUCUAGGGAUGCAUAUUUCUGCUGUCAAUCAUUCUGAACACCUCCCUAGUUCAGCAGUGUACCAACAGACCAGUGACAGAUCAGUGCAGUCUUAGGUGUCAUGGUUUGUUCUAAAGACAUUAAGCUGCCCAGUAUAAUUGCCUCAUUAGCUGAAUGCAGGCAACCAUUUGCCACACUAAGGCUGCUUGUAAACUCACUGCAGGAUGCUUACAACCUACAGAAGUAGUGAUGGAAACAGCUGCUUACAUUUAAUGCAGACUUUGGUGGCAAAAUUAUUCCAAUUCAAGAUGAGGCUGCCGUCUUUGUGAAAAUUACAAAAUCAUGGCUGGAUAAAAAUUCUCGGCCCACCUCUUUCCUGCUUAUCCGCUCCCCCCCCCCACACACUUGGUACACCAUCUACUUAGAAUUGGGCGGGGGGGGGGAGAGAAAGGAAGAGUGGUUACAAAUCUAUUUUGACCUAUCUGAAAUUUGCAGGGCUUCAUGCAUUUAAUAUGAAACAUUUGUUCCUGGCAUUUUGAGAGAAUUGGGAGAGGAUGGGAGUUUUCUCUUAGUGUAUUGACAACUGCUGUGCCUUUCCUGAUUUUUGCAACAUGGGUGUAUGAGUGCUCAGGGUGAGAUGGUACAGAUGUUUGGAGUGGAGUAGGUUGAUUUUGUGCAGUUUUACUUAGUACUCUUCCACUCGGGGUGUGGUCCAGAGAAUUGGGAACUGUGAAUUCAAAACCUUAAUGAUAUUUGGCUUUUUCUGGUCAUUUAGGUACUGGGACACCCCAGUCCACUUACUGUGCCUCAGACCUGAGGUUUUGGCCGUUGAUAGUAGCAGUUGGUUAAGUUUAAAAUGUUCCUUUUAAACUAAUAUUUGAGAUUAUAUAAUAUGUAACAUCAUUAUUGUAUAUGAUGCAACAGAGAAGAGGAGAAUGUAAUACGUGGUUACAUCCAUAGUAGCCAAUGGUUUAAUUAUGCAGUACAGCUGUAGAUGGUAACAUUUACAGCUGGAGUAUGAAUACUAUUUUCACAUUCACGAUGUUGGGUGCAUAAGUAGUCAAAAUUUCAUAGGAUUUGCAUUUUAACAUUAACAAAUGUGGAAAUUUGGUCUUCUCUGGUCUUCAUUUGCUUUUUAUUUAAGUGAGAUUUGAUGAAUACAAGAGUUUGUCAAAGGUUUCCUAAUUUUAUAAAGAAAGUUACAGUAAAGCCAGAAGUAACUCUGGUACACGUAAGAUGUCAAUACAUUGUGAGUGAAUUGUUAAAUUUUAAUCUAAAUCCCAGUGUUGUAAGGAACAGGUCUUUUCCUUGGUUAUCCACACAUUGUCUUCUUGUUCUGUGAGGGAAAUAGAGAGUACCUUUUUAUUGCCAUCUUUACAGUUCUUGAAUGUAUUCCAUGGUGUUAAUUCAUAUAAUCUCAGCCAGAUGCAGAUACACAGACAGUUGUCUUCUUGUGGUCCAGAAGGGAAUGUAACAUGUAGCUUAUGAAUGCAGUUGCUCUUGUUUUGUUCAUCCUCUAGUCUUCAGUAAGACAUGUCAACGUUUUCAAAGGAAUUUGUAUAGGGAAUAAUUCCUAGCAUUCUCAUUUUUUAAAGAAACGAAAACAAAACAUUUUUUGCUUGUAAAUGAUAAAAGUACUGUGAGCCUUAAUUUUUAUCCACAAAUAAAAGUGACCCAUUUGGA